CCAUGUCAAAGGCCUUGCUCAAGUCCAGGUAAAUGAUAUCGGUAAAUUCUCUGUGAGAUGACAUCCCGCAGUGUGAUGUCACAGUUGUCUCUCACACCCUUGUGAUGGGAGCAGUGGCCCAGUCUCUUGUGGGACGUGCAGGAAGUGGACCCAGAGAGAGCAUUGUGUCUAUCUGGAGAUAUCCUGCUAUGAUGGAGCGGCUGAGAGCCCUUCAAGGCGAGGUCUCUUUGCCUGUGUGGGCUGCGUGCCCAGAUGGACACGUCGCAGGGAGAGAGGCAGGGUCUCUCUCAAGUCCUGUCCCUGUGUGUGCCGCGACUUUGCUGCUGCAGCGCCUGCAAGACCAGGAGGUGUCGGAGCGCAGGUGUACUGUGAGCUGGAGAGCGUCCUGUGUGAAGAUGACAGCCGCCUGCCAUACAGAGUGGUGAACCGGCUGCUGGCAGAGGUGUCCCAGGACCUGAUGGUGGCCCAGGUAAGGGGUCACUCCCAAAGGCAAAGGGAGCAGCCUGCCUAUGCUGGUAUUCUGCUGGCGGACGGUGGUGGCAUUGUCCUUCCAAGGGAAGGCCUCAAGCAGUCUCCUGUGGACGUGACAGACAACGUUUGGAUGGCUGCCAGCAAUGUCCUGGUGGCUCUGGCACUUCAGCUUGGUAAUGGCCAGCUCCAGGGCCACCUGAAGGCUGCGAGGGAGAUGAUCAAGGAGUUCGUGCUCAUCACCAUGAGCAAACUGUUCAGUACCUAUGGUAGAGCCCCCUCAGCCUCCUGACAUCUGCGACAACUGGGGAAAGGGGUCUUUCCCCUCUGCACAAGAUCUAUGUUGAGCUGGGCUGCAGCCCCUCUUCCCAAGGCAAGGAGGAAAAGGUGAGCACUGCUGCAUUCCCAGCCCGGGAUGGCAGCAGGGACAUCCAUGUCAGCAGCUCUGUCUGUGCCCAGCAGGCUGAGAGCAGAGGGGUGAUGGGAAAGAAUGGGCUGGCUCUGCAAAGGGUCCCAAACUGGCUCUAUGCUCGGAGCUGGAUCUCCCUGCCAGGAAGCAGCCGCAUGUAAUAGCAUGUAACAGCCGCAUGUAACAGCAGGGAGAGCUGGGGAUGAGGGUGUGGGGAAAACCUCCCUGCCCUCCAGAGAGAGCCCAUCUCCUGCUGGGUAUGGGGACAUGGGAAAGGGGAAAAGAAAAGAGAAAUCCCUCUCUGUAGGAAGGGCAAGCCUUCAGUCUUCGAUGCUAGGCCUCUGCCAUCUCUCUCCAGGACAAACAGGCUGUCCUCAGGGCUGUGACUUCCAUGAUGGCUGUCCUUCUGCAAGAGGAGCUGCACCGAGAACACGUCUGGGAGCAGUUCCUCUGGCUCGUGCACCCAUGUCAGGAGAUCCAAGACACCUGCAGAGUGGUCAAGCUGAGAUGUUGCACAGGGCUCAGUGUAGACGUGGUCUACAGCACUCUCUUGGUGCUGCUGGGAGCGGGGGACAAACGAGAACGCCUGUGUGGAAGCUUCUCCCAGCAGACAAACCAUUGGGAAACAGUUUUUCUGCUCCCAAAUGGCUAGAUGUGACUUCAGCCCUUCCUUCCUCUCCUGGUCUCUUGCAGAGCCUCACUAUCUUCCUGGAGGUCUUAGAGGGAGUUCAGUCUGUCAUCCCCAAGGACAAGUUUCUGGCCAUCACCAGUGCCGUGUUCUACCAGCUUUAUGAUGACACCAAGCAGCACAGCGAGGCUGAUAGCACAGAGCUGACCCACUGCAUCCUGCUGCAGGCCCGAAUCUGCCCAGAGGAAACGAUCCUGUUUCUUCAGUCGCAGCUGGAGGAUGAGUGUGAGGCUGGACGCGUGGCAGCCCUGGGUCUGCUUGGCACUCUGGCUUGCUCUGAUGGUCAGUACCAUGGGUUGGGUCUUUUCCAGGAGUCCCUUUUGGCAUCUGGGUGGUGCCUCCACACAUGCUUCUGUGCUUCUCUUGCAGAGCCCUUGAUGACAGAGAAACUGCCCUUGGUUGCGGAGGCUGUGCAGCGUCUGUGCAGCGACCUCAGGCCCUGGGUGCGGAUGGCCAUUUUGUAUUUCAUCAAGGAUCUCCUCAGUGCUGACACCCCGAGCUGCUCAGCCUGGGACAUGGUGGGGCACAUCUUCAGAGAGUUCAGCCGCACCACAGGAAGAAGGGCAGCUGGAGACCUUCCUGCCCAGGAAGCUCAGGAAGAGAGAGCUCUCCAACAGUUGUGCAUGGACAUCCUGGGGUCACUGAAUGUCUCUGUGGGAGGGAUGUCCAAACUCCUGUGGCCACGGCUGCUGCUCUUUGUGCUGUCAGCCCAGUACACAGGCAUGCUGAUCCUGGUCUCCUGCUGUGUCCAAGCACUGGCUGAGAGAGAGGGCCUGACAACACAGGAGAUUGAAGAGUUGGAUCCCCAUUUCCUCAGCUCCAUGUUUCAAGGCCCACAGCUGGCUCCUCAGACACUGCUGGUGCGCCUGUUGGUGGUGGCAGGGAGCCCUGUUGCAGGCAGCGAACUCCAAGCCGCUGCCUUACUGCUCAUGCAAAAGCUCCACAGCAGGAUCCACAGAGCUGUGGGGGCCAUGUGGGAGCAGGGACACCUCCCUCUAGACUAGGUUGCUCAAAGCCCCAUUCAGCCUUCCAGGGAGGGGGCAUCCACAACCUGGGCAACCUGUUCCAGUGUCUUACCAGUAAAAAAUUUCGUGUUGAUAUCAAGUCUAAAUCUACCCCCUUUCAGUUUAAAACCAUUUCCCCUUGUCCUCUUGCUGCAUGCUGUUAGAAAAAGUCCCUCCCCUGCUUUCCUAUCAGCAUGGUAAUAUUAACAUUCCUAUGGGAAUAUUAAUGCAUAAUGACUGGGAAAUUCACAUCUAUAUUGGCCUGCCCUGUCUACAGCAUCCCAUACUUACUCCCCACCUUGUUCUUCAGACAAGGCAUUUGCACUUGAAGGAGAGGAUUUAGAAGCCUGGUACAGGCCUAUGCCUGUAGUAAGUCAGGGUCUGUAAAUGGCUGUUAAGAGCCACUUUAGAUGGGCUUCUGGAGCCAGCUAAAUUUUCUUAAAUUCACUACACAAAGUUGAAAAAUGAAAAGCUGAAAAAUUCUGAUCACUUUCUAUGUUACUCGCACCAUGCUGGUAGGGUUUCAACAGGAAAAAAAAACAGAGUUCCUUCAUGGCCUAGCAAAAUCGUAGUGAGUAUGCAUUCGAGGGAAUGAAGGAUUGAACUUUCCUAGGCGGAGAAAAGCCUGUAAGUGCCUGAGCCCUCAUUUUGGACAUACUAUACUAACUAUUGCUGUUUUAUAGGAAAACAAACAAACAAAACCAUAACAAAACAACAACAAAACAGUUUUUAGUCAUUUAAAAAAUAAUGGUAAGUGCUAUAGUGAGUGGUUCUGUCUCUCUGAUGGGGCAAAAGUGCCCCAUCAUAUUGUAGCCCUGCUUACAUGUCCAAAGCUUCAGAAAGACUGGAAUACCAGACAAACUCUCCAUCAUCACCUACAGUCCCAAGUGAAAAAUCCAUGCCAUGUUUUCUGCACUCUCUCUGUCCCACUGACAAAGGGAUAGACCUUGCUCCCUCAUUUUCCCAGCUCCUUCUACCCCUUGCCAGUGUCUUGAAAUGAAUAGGAACUAUCCCCAGGCCCUGGGGGGGGAGGUGAGGGGAAUGUGCAAGUGCAGUCCUCCUUCCCUUCAUCUUUGCACUUCUCAGAACAAUCUCAUUCCAGAAAGGGAUUCUGGUGUGAAGAAGUCAGACGCGGCUGUAGGAUCAGUAUGGCUACAACAGCUCAGCUGGAAACUGCUCUUAAUCCAAAGGUCAUCACAGCCUUCAGGACUGAGGAGCUUAUUAUCACCCGUCCUCAAUUUGAGUAAGUAUAUCAGGGCUAAAACAGAGGAGGAAUUAUUAGAGUUUUGGGACUGGGAGCAAAAGAAGAUAGGAAAGGAUUUGUCCCAUGAUUACUUAUUUGUAGAGAACGGGAAUGCAGACUGCAAGUGUGGGAUCCUACUCAGAAGGGGAAUGAAAAUAAGCCAGGCUGACAUGUCUAACUUGCAAACCCAGACAGGCUCCAGCACUUCCCGUGACUUCUCAUCCUGUUGCUCUUUCUGACUCUUGGAGGUGCAUGUAGUCCAUAGUUACUAUGCUGAAUCAAUCAUACUUUAUUGAGAGUGCUUUAUUUCCCAAAUUGAUAUAUUCAGAGAAUUUGAGAGGCACAGUCAGGCAUCAGAGAAGAGGGUAGAGAUGGUAGCAGGAAAAGCCGUUCUCAGCACCAUUUGCGGUCGAAUGUUGCUCGAGUUUGAUUGUUUCUCUGGAUUAGUUUCUGAAAAAGGCAGGUGAUAUGUGUACAUGAUUAUGAAACCAUUCUAUUUACAUUACAAAAGUUUCAGAGAAGUAUGGAAAUGGUAUUAAUGAACCCUACCAACCCUUUGAACAUCCUAAUGAAGGGAUAACAGGAUUUCAGCAUUUCACUUUUUUCUUUGGCAAAUUUUAGGGAUGAUGCAAGCUGUUUGAAUAAAUAUUUCUGGUGUGAAAGUAGCAGGCAUAACUCACAGGUUUCUAGGCCAUUUUUGGAUAAACAUGUAUUUAUCUUAAAAAUAGCAAAAUAAAAACAUUUAGAAGUAGCGGAGAACUAAUAAGAUUAGGAAAGUAUCAAAAAGGACCCAUGAUUUUCUAGUUUGGGAAUUUCUAAGUAAUAUUCAACAAUUCGGCUCCAAAGUAUGUGCACUCAUAUAUAUGCCAUCUCAUCAAAUAAUUUUAUCUAUAAAAAGUGACAUGGCAUGGAUUGUAUGCCUCACACCAUGCUGACUGCUUAAUUGCCCGCAUCCAUUGUUACAUUGCUUCCUUGUCAGCAUACUAAGUAAUUGAAAAAUUGUUGUGUGAUGGAAGAUCAAUACGGCUCUAGCAUGAAGCAAAUAUUAUACAGUACUGAAAGCAAGGAAAUAGCCACAUUAGCAACUGUGAUUAUCUCCUGAAGACAAACAGGCACUGGUUGGUGUUUCCCUGGUUCAUUUCUUCGUUAGCAAUGGCAAUCAAAGAGUUUUCAAUUGUUCAAAUUUCUAAAGUGCUAUUUUGUCUAGCAGGACUACUCUGGGGAGAUAAGUGAAGUUGUUGAAGUUUUGACUUGAAGGCUGUCUAUUGUCUGUUUUUAAUUAAAAGAGCUAAUGGUCUUUAUU